GGGUUUAAGACUGACGCAAUCGCAAUCACAAUCACAAUCACUCUCACAAACACACACAGCGUUUGUUUCUAGGGUUUUCUUCCUUUCUUUCUAUCUUUCCUCUUUCGGAUAUUAACAUGAGUCGUCAUCCAGAGGUGAAGUGGGCCCAAAGGGAGGACAAAGUUUUUAUCACAGUGGUAUUGGCUGAUACAAAAGAUGCGAAAGUCAACCUUGCCCCCGAAGGUGUUUUUACAUUCUCUGCUAAAGCUGGUGAGCAUGAGUAUGAUCUUAAGCUCGAGCUUUUUGACAAAGUUAACGUAGAGGAAAGCAAAAUAAAUAUAGGCGAGAGAAGUAUAUUUUGUAUUUUGGAGAAAGCAGAGCCGAAAUGGUGGAAUAAACUUCUGUCCGGAGAUGGCAGGGCCCCACAUUACGUGAAAGUUGAUUGGGACAAAUGGGCAGAUGAGGAUGAUGAUGCCGGUCCGGCGGAUCUUGACAUGGGAGGAAUGGAUUUCUCUAAAUUUGGAGACAUGGGGGGUAUGGGCGGCAUGGGGAUGCCGGGUAUGGGCGGCAUGGGUAUGCCGGGUAUGGGCGGCAUGGGUAUGCCGGGUAUGGGCGGCAUGGGGAUGCCAGGUAUGGGCGGCAUGGGGAUGCCGGGUAUGGGCGGCAUGCCAGAUAUGGGUGAUUUUAUGGGCGGAGAUGAUGAAGACAGUGAUGACGAAGGUGAGGAAGCGGAAACAAAGACGGCAACCAGCAAACCAGCAGAAGAGAAAACUGAAGGUGCAGCAGCUAGCAGCACAUAGAUUGUUUAGUCAACAUGUAUGGUGGUUUGACAUGAUCAAUGGGGUUAGGGCGUUUUUGAGUUCGGAUAAUAUUGAUUUGUACCCAAUCCAUGGUGCUCUCGAGACUUUGGAUGUUGACUAAAACUAUGCUUUGGUUUGUUUUUAUUUGUUAGAGUGAAAACCUUACUGUCCGUUUUUUAAAUUGGCUUUUCGGUGUUGUAAUUUCCGUAAGAGGUUUUAUGGCAUCAUAUGAUACCGUGAGGCGUAGAGCAUUA